GGAUCAGGAGGAUUUUUUUAUUUUAUUUUUAUAUUGAAAUUUUUAUUUAAGCCAAAAAGUUUUUUCCACUCCAGCUCCAGCUUCUCCAUAAUAUUUUUACAAUAUCUGAAAGCCCUUCGAAUUCCGUAUGUUUUGAGCUCCCAUACGUUCUCGUGACUUUUACAAUUUCAUUUUAUUAUAUUAGUUGCAUAUGAUGUGUAAAAUGGAGGCCUACUGGAGUGAAUGAAAAAACAUUUUCAAUGUUAAAAUAAAACGAUUGCUUUUUUGGUCGAUCAUCAAUAGAAACCACGCAACUUUGAGCAUGAAAUUUACCGAGCGAACAAGUGUUUGCUCGCUCAGAUCCGUUCUGAGCGUUAAGUGGAAACGCAGCAGGGCCGUGUACAGUUUUGUCACCUAAUUUAUUUUUUGUGUGCAAGCAUUUCUGAAAGACUGAAUCUUGUAAAAAUUUUGCAUUUAUAGAAUGGAAGAUGUUCACCGGAGAGCUAUACAAAGUAAUUUUGUGUCACUCGUGGAACAAACUGACUUGGAUCUUAUGGUGUCCACACUUUAUGAAAAAGGAGUAUUUUCAGAUCAGAUGAUUGAGAAAUAUAAGGACACUAGUGUUGAUGUACGCAAUCGCAAACGACAAUUGUAUAGGGACGUAAUGUUAAGGGGUCCUGAUGCAUUUAGACAUCUGACAGAUGCCCUGCAGGAAGCUGGCUAUUGGAACUUGGCUAGGGAUCUUGACCCUGACAGCUCACUUCACACGAGGAGACCCCAGUCUCAGCCUUCGUCCCGUGAAGAAAAUAGUUUCAUAAGCAUAAGGAUUAAAGAUCUGAAGAGAACUGAUGCUGAAACACAAAAAAAUUGUGUUUUGGAUGAAGGAAGAACACCGAUGCCUGUCCCGAACGAAAAGGAAGAAAUGGAGAACAUGGAAAUGGAACUAAAUGACAAUAUUCCACAUUUUGAUGUUAUAAAAUCAACAAAAUUUUUUGACAGCGACAGUGAAACAGACAUCAAGUUGUACCGCACGCGGGGCCGGCAGCGCGGCGUUUUGCUCGCCUUCAGCUACAUCAACUUCCAGCACGGCAUGGAGGACGAACGACUGGGCGCUGACGUCGACGCCAAGAAGCUCAAGUACCUCUUCAUCGAGCUCGGCUUCAAGGUCUGCUCCUACCUGAACCUUACCAAGGAGAAAACGAAAGAGACCCUGAAGUUGCUGAAUCAAGUGCUAGCGGGUGCGGAGUGCGUGUUCAUAGUGGUGUCUUCACACGGGUACUCGCGUGACAACGUGUCCGAUGUCGACUUCCGGUGCCACGAUGGAAAGCUCAUGUCAAUCUACGAGUUCCUCGAGUAUUUCAACAACGAACAGUUGCCGGCACUCAUCGGAAUACCCAAGGUGUUCAUAUUCCAGCUGUGCAGGGGUUGGAAGGAGCUCCAGAUGCCGCUGGGGGCCAGCUCGAGUACGUACAGCGACGGCGUGGCGGGCGGCGGCGCUGGGGCUGCGCUGCCCCCCGGCCCCUCCGGCCCCCCCGGCCCCCCCGCGGCGCGCCCCCCGCCCCUGCCAGCCCCCCUCACCCCCCUCGCCGCCCUGCGCCCGCCCCGACCGCGACCCCCGCCCCCCGCCCGACUGUACUCCGACAUACUCAUCGCGCACUCCACGCUGCCAGGUUACGUGUCUAAGCGCGACGUGCGCCACGGCUCGUGGUACAUCCAGAUGUUGUGCUCCGUGUUCGCGCAGUACGCGCAUGCGCGACACGUGGAGGAACUGUUCACGCUCGUCGACAUGCGGCUGCAUGAGCAAUACCAGGUGCAGACCUCCGCCGUCGAGCGAUGGGGCUUCAACAAGCACCUCUACCUGCACCCGGGCCUGUACGACACGUAG